AUGGGAAUUGGUGGAGCUACCCGAAGAUUUGAAAGAAGCAAAAGUGAGCCUACACUUUAUUUAAAGAGACAUGGUAAAAUUGAUCUUCUCAUUAUUUGUCUUUAUGUUGAUGAUAUAAUUUAUAUGGGUUAUUCUUCUUCUCUUAUUGAUGAAUUUAAAGAGCAUAUGAAGAAUAAAUUUGAAAUGUCAGAUUUGAUUCUUUUGCGUUAUUUCCUUGGCCUAGAAGUGAAGCUAGUUGAAGAUGGAGUUUUUGUUUCACAAAGGAAAUAUGCAACUUAUCUUCCUAAAAUAUUCAAUAUGCCGAAUUGCAUAGUUGCAACAACACCUUUGAAUUUGAAUGAAAAACCUAACAUAGCAUUUUCAGUUGGAAUGAUUUCUAGGUUCAUGCAUUGUCCUUCAAAGAUUCACCUUGGAGUUGCAAAAAGGGUCUUGAGCUACAUUGCUGGAACUAUAGACUUUGUGUUACGCUGUAACUUCAUCAGCAUGUCAAGCCAUAUGAUCACAAAGGCUACUUUCAGACCUUGA